AGGCGGUCUGUUUCGAUUCCGCGAAAAUGAAUAGCCUUUUGCGGUACGAUUUUCCCGUCCAAGAAAAUGAAGAAUUUUGUGAAGGAAGAAAGGUAGGCUGUUUCUUGCAUCCGUCGAAUCAUGGCUUGAGAAACUUGUGGCAACAGCUACACCCUGCGUCGCAUCUGAGGGCACCCAGUUAAUCAGUCCGUCCUGCACUACGUCUGGACCCUGUCGUCUAAACAAGGAUGAUGCUGUCUCCCAGACGCUUUCAAAGUUCUUUCCCCCUGUGAGGUACAAGGAAAUGGGAACAAAGUGGGUAAAGCACGUUUCUGCGAAACAAGCGACACCAAUCGAAAUGACACAUGUUAAGCAAGAAGUGGAUCGCGUCCUGAAAGUCCGAUGCAGCCGAAAAGCUCCUCUUUGUGUAAUUCGUGAAGACGUGCUUUCAGAUUUAAUUAGAGAAAUAUUGCGACAGGUGACUAUUGACUGCCCUGAACAGGGUCUUCUUUUGAGACGUAUACUGGACCAUAACGAGAUGGAAUUCAACGCUUACGAAACACUUUUGCGUUUUACUGAUGCAUUUGUUGGACGCAAGUGGGCCGAAUGGCAACACUGGAAAGCAGACCGGGCCAGACAGAUUUCCGAACUUGAGGAUACGAAACGAAUUUUGGAAUUUCAAGCUGCUGAGUUGAAACACAAAGUAGACCAACUGGAAAAGAAAAAUCAAGAAAUGAAAAUUAAGUGGGACGCAGCUCGAAUGGAGGAAAUAAAGUACUACAAAAAAACAGGCGAACAUCUGAGGAACCUUUUGCCCUCUUUUGGCUUGAGACACUGAGCCAUAGAGGAAGCCAACCAUCGUUCUGAAGAGGGAUUCAAAAGCUAUCCUUGAUACGUACGCAAGAGGAUAUUCAGCGCAUUGUAUCUGGCUGUCUACGCGUACUUGGAUAGCAUAAUCAAACAGUUUGCACGUCUGGUUACUGAAGAGCCGGGAAAAUGUGCAAUAUUCUGUUUUCAUCAU